CUUCUCUAUCUCUCGUCUUCUCUUUGCUUCUCACAUGCUUUCCAUUUAGGGUUUGAAUCUCUUUACGAAUUCUGCGAUUCUUCUAAAAAAACACAAAAAGAGUUGAUUUAUUGACUUUGCCGAACGAUUCAACUACUCGUGUUAUUCAGCCAAAGCCAAAGCAAGGUAGGGCAGUAGGCAGUGCAUCGCUAGUUCGCUACGUUGGUAUUGGAUCUCCUGAUUCAUUUGUCCGAGUCUUACAAAUAAAGCUCCAAAUAUCAGGUUGUUUCCCUCUUUUUAAACUCUGUUUCAGGUUAUUUUGAUUUCUUGUAUUUUGAUAUUAUGGCUCCUGGAAUGAGAAAGUAUGAAUCUGGUCAUGAUAAGCUCUUGAAAAGAAGAAAAGUUGAAGCAUUAAUAAAAUCUCAAGCAGGAGCUCUUGAUAAAUUUAUCAAACGAGACACUCAAGUUUCUGUUGAAAAUCAAAGUUUUAAUGUGGAUGGCUGUGAUGAUGUGAUAAUUGUGAAUGAUAAUGUAAAUGCAGGAUCUGGAAAUUAUAAUGAUGUGCUAGUUGUGAGUGACAAUAAUAAACAUCUAGAGAAUGAAAAUGUGAACUCCCUAGAAAAUGAAAUUCCAGAUGUAGGUGAUGAUAUUAACGAAAAUGAAGGACCAGUUAAUUCUCCAGAAUUAUCUCAUAUGGUAGAUAUAUUUGAUCCAAGAAACUGGGAUGGUCUUAGCUCUAAAAUGGUUGAUUUAUUAGUUAUAGAGGGUCCAAAAAGAGAUUGUUCUAUUGUCAAGGGCCCUAAAGAUAAAUUUUCUAGACGAUUUACUGCAAAUUUGUAUACUAGAGUUUUAUCAAACGGGGAGAAGUGUGAUAGAGAUUGGCUUGUUUAUUCGAAAGAACUUGAUAAAGUGUUUUGUUUUUGUUGUAAAAUUUUUAAAAAAGGAAUUGGUAGAGGCCAGUUAGCGAAUGAAGGAUUUGCAGACUGGGCACAUAUUGGUGAAAGGCUUAGAGAACAUGAAAUUAGCAUGGAACAUGUAAAAAAUAUGGCUACUUGGUAUGAUGUGCGCUUAAGAUUUGCAAAGAAUCAAACUAUUGAUAAAAUGGCUCAAGCACAAAUUGAGAAAGAGACAGAUCAUUGGAAAAAAAUGUUACUAAGAAUUAUUGCAGUUGUGAAAUUUCUUGGCAAACAUAAUUUAGCUUUUCGUGGUACUAAUGAAAAGUUAUAUGACAAUAACAAUGGCAAUUUUUUAGGUUUAAUUGAACUUUUGGCAGAAUUUGACCCAAUUGUGCAAGAACAUGUUAGGCGUAUUACAAAUAAUGAUAUUCAUAGUCAUUACCUUGGGCACACUAUUCAAAAUGAACUGAUAUUUUUGCUUGGUUCUGCAAUAAAAACAGAAAUCAUUAAAAAAAUAAAACAAGCAAAAUACUUUUCUGUUAUUCUUG